GUUUGUUUCCGGGAAGUGAGCAGCGUGACUGUACGGGCCCGCACAUUGUCACUAACCCUGAAUAAUUUCCUCCUGCUUGUCCUCUCAGCGCUCAUAUUAUAUUUAACCUUUCAACAAACAAACAAACAAACAAACAAACAAACAUGGGCGACGAUGAAGAGAAGUAUGACGGCAUGUUGCUCGUCAUGGCUCAGCAGCACGAGGGAGGAGUGCAGGAGUUGGUAAACACAUUUUUCAGCUUUCUCCGCCGUAAAACUGAUUUCUUCACCGGCGGCGAGUCGGGCGCUCCAGAGAAGCUCGUCAAAGACGCUUUCGCACACCACAAUAAGCUGGCGCAGCAGGCCAACAAAGAGAAGCAGGUGAAACAGGAGAAGGAGAAGAAAGAGAAGGCAGAAAGAGCUGCGAAGCUAGAGGAGGAAGAGAGGAAAAAGAAGAAGAACGACGACGGGCCCAGGAUUCAGGAACUGACGGACGAAGAAGCAGAGAAACUUCAGUCUGAGCUCGACAAGAAAAAGAACGAAGAGGAGAAAAUGGUGAAAGCAACAACAAAUGAAGAAAAGUCAUCUGACAAAGCGGACAAAGAGAAGGGGUCUGAAUCUGAAGGAGAGGAGGACGAGAAGGACAAAGAUAAACUGAAGCCUAAUGCAGAGAACGGAGCCGACCUGCCAAACUACAGGUGGACGCAAACCCUGUCUGAAGUCGACCUGUCGGUGCCUUUUGACGUCAAGUUCCGCAUUAAGGGGAGGGACGUAGUGGUGGACAUCCAGAGACGCUCCAUCAAGGUGGGCCUGAAGGGACACCCUCCUGUUAUCGACGGGCAGCUUUACAACGAGGUGAAGGUGGAAGAAAGCUCCUGGCUCAUCGACGACGGCAAGGUUGUUACAGUCCACCUGGAAAAGAUUAAUAAAAUGGAGUGGUGGAGCAAGAUUGUCACCACAGAUCCAGAAAUCAACACCAAGAAAGUCUGUCCAGAGAACUCAAAGCUGUCGGACCUGGAUGGAGAGACGCGUGGGAUGGUAGAGAAGAUGAUGUACGACCAAAGGCAGAAAUCAAUGGGCCUGCCGACGUCUGAAGAGCAGAAGAAACAAGACAUUUUCAAAAAGUUCAUGGCUCAGCACCCAGAGAUGGAUUUCUCUAAAGCCAAAUUCAGCUGAGACUCGCCGUCGAAGUCACCCGUAGAGUCCACGUUAUGAUUCACGUCCUUCAUGUUUUCUCCACACGGUUUUGUUGACUAACGUGUCUUAAGUUCAUGCAAUAAUACGUUGGGUUCUUUGUCACGAUAACAAGGUUGAUGACUGCAAUCAUCAUGUUCUCCCUUCGCAUGUUGUCUCAAUAUUUAAAGAUGUGUCUGGAUUUUUUUAAAUAAAUGACUUUAAAAUGAAA